AUGGAAUCUUCGCCGUCGUCUUCGUCGUCGUCGUCGUCAUCUGGAAGCGAUGCCAGCGGUGGUGGCGCUGUCACGUGGCUCGGGAUGAGCUUCCCGUUCCGUUCUCCACUCUCUCUCGUGAUGGAUUACUGCACGCGCGAGGAUUCCGCGGAGCCUGUGAUCAUCAUUCCCCGCACGCGGCCGCGGUUUCAGGCUCCGGCCGAAUCUGCUGCUUCGGCUUCUGAUUCUGGCGAGAAUGCGUGCAGCGGCGCUGAGGAGGUUGCAAUACGCAUUAUUGGGGCCGGCGAGCAAGAGAGCGGUUCGUCGCCGUCGUCUUCGAGGAGCCGCGGAGGGGAACCGGGCUGUGAGGAGACGGUGGUUGGGAGAAGCGGGAUGCUGUCGUCGGAGGCUCGCCGACGAAUGGCUGAGGAUAGGGUGCCGUUGGUGUCUUUGGAUGAUGGAAUUGGUGGCGGUAGGGAUUCUUCUUCGUCUUCCUCUACCUACCAGAGGUAUGAUAUUCAGCAGGUUGCCAAGUGGAUUGAACAGAUUCUUCCGUUUUCCCUCUUGUUGUUGAUUGUUUUCAUCCGCCAGCAUUUGCAAGGAUUCUUUGUCACAAUAUGUAUAUCAGCUGUGAUGUUCAAGUCGAAUGAAAUUGUUAAGAAGCAGACAGCCCUGAAGGGAGAUCGGAAAGGCUCUGUUCUUCUUGGUAUCUCUUUUGCCUUCAUGCUGCUUGUCAUAUGCAUUUACUGGUGGUAUCGAAAUGAUGAUCUUUUAUACCCAUUGGUCAUGCUUCCACCAAAAACAACUCCACCUUUCUGGCAUACAAUAUUCAUCAUUUUGGUUAAUGAUACAUUGGUGCGACAAGCAACUAUGGCUUUCAAGUGUUUAUUGCUUAUUUACUACAAAAAUGGAAGAGGCCAUAACUUCCGUCGGCAGGGCCAAAUGUUAACUCUGGUUGAGUACACUCUGUUGCUGUAUCGUGCCUUGUUGCCAACACCAGUUUGGUACCGAUUUUUCUUGAACAAAGAUUAUGGAAGUCUGUUUUCCUCACUGACCACAGGAUUGUAUUUAACUUUCAAGCUAACAUCAGUACUUGAGAAGGUCCAAUGCUUUGUUUCUGCCUUAAAAGCGUUAUCAAAAAAGGAAGUUCAUUAUGGGGUUUAUGCCACAGCGGAACAGGUGAAUGCUGCGGGUGACAUGUGUGCUAUAUGCCAGGAGAAGAUGCAGGCUCCCAUAUUGUUGAGCUGUAAACACAUGUUCUGCGAGGAGUGUGUAUCUGAAUGGUUUGAGAGAGAACGGACUUGCCCAUUGUGCAGGGCAUUGGUAAAACCAGCUGAUCUUCGGACCUUCGGAGAUGGAUCAACAAGUCUGUUUUUUCAGUUGUUUUAA